AUGUUAUUUAUAGGUAGGCCUACGCAAAGUGAAACUAUGAAGUACGAUUGGAAAACACAAGGAGAGAUGAAACUUCUAUUGGAUCGUUGUAGAACUGUAAUUAUAUUUUCUAGUGUGGUGUGCACUUUUGCAGCUGUUAUAUCGCUACAUAAAAUUUUAAGCCACGAUGUUAAAUUUAUUAAGCCUUUUUCUCCAUUGCCAGCUGGCUUGUACGGUAACUACUUAGAACCUUUCGUUGGGGAGCCUCCACCUUCCACACCUAAAAGCUAUGAUAAAGCAAGGGAUUCCGAAGCUGUCGGAUCGUUGAACGCGGCACUAGAAAUGAAAAAAAAUGGCAAAUCAGAUAAGGCUUUAAAAUUAUUUCAACAUGCAUUUGCACUUUCACCAAAACACCCAGACAUUCUCAAUCACUAUGGUGAGUUUUUAGAAGACAUAAAGCAAGAUGUGGUUAAAGCUGAUCAAUUGUAUACUCUGGCAUUAAGCAAUUUUCCUGAUCAUAGAGGAGCAUUAUCAAACCGACAACGAACAGCAAGUAUAGUUGAAAAUCUAGAUCGAGAAAUGUUACGAAAGAUUGAUGAAAAACGAGAUGCAUUACUAUCAAUACCAGAAAAUGAUGCUGCUUUGCGCCGAGCAAAGAAAGAAGCUUAUUUCCAACAUAUUUACCAUACUGUAGGUAUAGAAGGGAAUACAAUGACUUUGUCUCAAACAAGAAGUAUUUUGGAAACAAGAAUAGCAGUGGCUGGAAAAAGUAUUGAUGAACAUAAUGAGAUCUUAGGAUUGGAUGCAGCAAUGAAAUAUAUAAAUUCAACUUUGCUGUAUCGUGUGCGAGAUAUAACUAUGGGAGAUAUAUUAGAGAUACAUAAAAGAGUAUUAGGGCAUGUGGACCCUAUUGAAGGUGGUCAUUUCAGAAGAACACAGGUAUAUGUUGGAGGACACAUUCCUCCAGGACCAUCUGAGAUUCAAAAACUAAUGACUCAGUUCUUAGAAUGGCUUAAUUCAGAAGAUGCUAUGGAACUGCAUCCAGUGAGAUACGCAGCAUUAGCUCACUACAAACUUGUACACAUUCAUCCAUUUAUAGAUGGCAAUGGACGGACAUCCCGACUUCUUAUGAAUCUACUACUAAUGCAAGCUGGUUACCCACCUGUGAUCAUUGCUAAGCAACACCGUCAUAUGUAUUACCAGCAUUUGCAGACAGCUAAUGAAGGAGAUGUUAGACCAUUUGUUAGAUUUAUAGCACAAUGCACAGAGCGGACACUGAAUUUGUAUUUGUGGGCGACAAGUGAAUAUAGCCACAUGGUACCUGCUAUUGGAGAACCGCAUAUUCUGACUGGUGAAGGUUUUGAAGAUCUUUUAUAA